ACAAGUCUAUCUAUCUAUCUCACCAAAUGCAGAACACAAGUUUGGCUAUCCAAAAUGAUUAGAGCCCCCAACCCCCUUCCCCUUUCCGGAGACAAGCGCCCUGUGUUUUCCAGGGGAGAAGGCUGCUCCCCACGGUUCUAAAUCACUGCUUUGCACGCGAGGCUGCCUGCCCUAGCCCUAACCCUUCUAUCCCUCGUCCAAUUCUCUUGAUUCUCCCGGGGCUGCCUUCCCUCUUCCCUUUCCUGGUCUAACCCUAGCACUUUGCCUCUAACGGGAGUCUAGCGGCCAGACACAGCAGGGGAAUCGUGCCCUGCGGCAGUGCCGCGGCUCUCUGGGUUGGAGUUUGCCCUUGUCUGAGCGAAGUCACAUGGUGAGGAGGGGUAAACGGCAGAGGAGGGGGCGCGGCACUCUUCGCUCUCCUUGCUGCGGAGGAGAGACGCAGCUCUGCGAGCAGGAGGAGCAGAAGCGGCCGCAGGCACGGCUAGGGAGCUGUCCCUCCCCGCCCACCAACCCUUCACUCACACACUUGUUAUUCACCGCACCAACUUUCUCCCUCCCCUUUUCUCCUCCUCCUCUCCCUCCCCGCGUGUGCGCGCGGCUAAAAUGAUUUCCUCCUUUUCUGGCAAAAGAAAUAAUGCACCUGACUUUACCAGGGGGAAACAACCAGCCGAGCAGAACAAGGAACAGAUGUAAAAGGAAUAACGGCAGAGGGAGAAACCGAGAUGAGAUGGAUCUAAGAAAAUCCAGAGGAUGAAGCCCGGAGAGGAGGGCAGAGGCGGCAGCAGCAGAAGCAGCAGCUUUCUAGUCUUUCAUAUGCUCUAGGCAGAGGAAGACUUUGCCAGUUGCAAAGUGCAGCCCUGAGAACUCAGAACUGCUGUUUGUCUAUUUGCUAAACAAACUCUUUCUUCCUUGGCUGAAACGCCGGUUCCUGAAGGAGGCUCCCUGUAGAGGCACUUGGCUCUUCCUACAGCUACGAAGAUAAACAGCAGUUUUCCAAAGAGCGUAUGAACUGAGGUGAGCAGAGGGGGAAGAAAUGAACCCCGCUGGGAGAAGGAGGUGCAAGGCGCUGCAACAGCAGGAAAUCCCGACCGGGCAACGCCUGAUGUUCCCCAGGAGAAGGGAGACGUGCCGAGGAUUGCAAUGGGGUGCUCUGGCUAGGGAGCAGCUCCCGCUCCGCGCGGAGAGAGGAAGCCAGAAGCGGAGACGCGGCUGCAGCGGUGGACAGCUGUGCACUCUGGCUGCCCGGCUGCGCUACCUGCUGGGGCUCUUUCUCUACAUGUGGCUGUGGACUGCCUCCGGCUCGUCCGCUCAGGUGUACAACCUCAGCCUAGCGGUGGACGAAGGGCUCCCCCCGGAUACUCUGGUUGGGGAUAUCCGUGCCGGGCUGCCCGGUGAGCAGCAGGGGGUGGGAGACGGCUUCUUCCUGUCUGAGGACUCGGGCGACUCCCCGCUGCUGGACGACUUUCACGUGGACACCGACACGGGCAUCAUCCGCACCGCACGGAGCCUGGACCGUGAGCGGCGGGACCGCUACAGCUUCGUGGCGGCCACGCUGCUGGGAGCCGUGGUGCAGGUGGACAUUACAGUAAACGACGUGAACGAUCACUCACCCUGUUUUCCAAGUGACUCCCUGCAACUAGACGUCUCCGAGCUCAGCCCCCCGGGCACAGCAUUCCGCCUGCCCGGGGCCCGGGACCCAGACGCGGGGCUUUUUAGCACCCAGGGUUAUACCCUGCUGCAGCCUCCCGAACUCGCCAAGAACACCGAGGGACACUUCUUCCAGCUGCGCUACGGAGGCCCGGGGCAGCAGAUUUCCUCGUCGGGCUCCUCCUCCUUUUCCUCCUCACCCCUGGAGCCUCUGGACCUCGUACUGGUGCGGCGUCUGGACCGUGAGGCUGCUUCUGCUCACAAACUGAUGAUAGAGGCAUGGGACGGUGGUAGCCCUCGGCUCACUGGCCGCCUGCAAGUGGAGGUACGCGUACUGGACGAGAACGACAACCCGCCGGUCUUUAACCAGAGUGAAUACCGGGCCACUGUGCGCGAAGACGCUCCUCCGGGCACGCUGGUCUGUCGGGUGCACGCCACAGACCUUGAUUUGGGGCCCAAUGGAGAAGUGCGCUACAGCCUCCGCGCCAGGCAGCCUUCCGCGGGCGGGUCCGACAGCGAUGGGGCUUACUUCUCUGUGGAGGAGCUGAGUGGCUUGGUGCGAGUGCGCCGGCCUCUGGACAGAGAGUCCCAGUCCUGGCACCAGCUGGUUGUGGAAGCCCGGGACGGAGGCGCGGAACCUGAGGCCGCCAGCGUUCUGGUAUCCAUCGCAGUGCUGGAUGUGAACGACAACCGGCCCACCAUUCACUUGCUCUUUCUAACUGAAGGCGGCGGAGCUCAGGUGUCAGAGGGCGCCAGGCGCGGCGAUUAUGUAGCCCGUGUCUCCGUCUCUGACUUGGAUGGGGACCCUGACGAGAAGGAAGCCACCGAGGUUGUAGUGGGUAGAGAAGGUGGUAGCUCAGGCAUCACACUAUCUUUGGAGGGCGGCAUGGGCUCCUUCGCUCUGCGCCCGGGAGGCUCCCGGGAUGUGUUCUUCCUCUGCGUGGAGGGGUCCCUAGACCGGGAAAGCCGCAGCCAGUACGAGCUGCUACUGGUGGCCACGGACUCAGGGUUCCCGCCCCUUACCACCCAGGAGACCCUCUUGCUUCGGGUCACCGACGUCAACGACCAGGUACCUCGUUUCAGUCAGGAGCGCUAUUAUGCCUCCGUGUCUGAGGCCGCGGCGCCCGGCACUGCAGUGCUCCGUCUCAGCGCAACUGACAGAGACGAACCAGGCACUGACCAGGCCAGGGUGCGCUAUGUCCUAACCCAGGUCCAGCCCCCGAACGACUGCAGCCCUGAAGACUCAGCGCUUGGAGCAAGAUGCCCUUCUCUGGCCUUUGCUGUGGACCCAGAGAGCGGAGUGGUAAGCACUACGACCUUGGACCGGGAGGUCCAGGAGGCGGUGGAGCUGCAAGUGGUGGCCCAGGACCUCGGCCAGCCUCCGCUCUCCUCCACCUGCUGGGUGAGUGUGACUGUGGAGGAUGUGAACGACAACGAGCCGGUCUUCCAGCGACAGGUGUACAAUGCCAGCGUAGCUGAACAUGCCCCUUUGGGGCACUGCUUUCUGCAGGUGAAAGCAUCGGAUGCUGACACAGGCCAGUACGGCCAUAUAGAAUACUUUCUUUACGAUGGAUUCCACAGCUCUGAAAAAUCUCAAGCAUUCUGGAUUGACCCGCAUUCUGGCCACAUCUGUGUGUCUCAAGAUAUUGACAGGGAGAGGGAUCCAGCCACCUAUGAUUUGUUAGUGAAAGCUCAGGAUGGGGGUGGACUAAGUGCCCAAGCUUUUGUUCGAGUGGAGCUGAAGGAUAUAAAUGAUAAUCAACCUGUUUUUAACCCGGCCUCCUACGUGACAAGCAUCAGUGGUCACACACAGCCCGGCGCGGAGAUUCUCAAUGUUGUCGCUACUGACAGGGAUGCUGGAAUAUAUGGAGUGGUGGCCUAUGAGCUCAUUCCAGGAGACUUCUCCUCUCUCUUCACAGUUGACUCUGCCACAGGGAUUAUUUAUUUAAUGUCAACUCUUAGUCACUUGGAGACUUCUAGCGCGCUUUUGACUGUCUCUGCCCGAGAUGGUGGUGGGCUCACAUCUGUAACUAAUGCAGAUGUCACCAUCCACAUCCUCCAUACUGCUCUGGCACCUGCCAUUUUUGAAAGGUCGAAAUAUGUCUUCUCCAUUCAUGAAGACAUGCCUGAAGACAGCCCUGUUGGAACUGUGAAAGCAAGAGAGCCUUUAAAUUCCUUGGAGACAGUAUCUUAUAGAAUUUCUUCUGGAGAUCCCUCUGGGAGUUUCACUAUUGACCCUAGGUUUGGUGUCAUUCGUACUCGGAAGCAGCUGGAUCAUGAAACGCAGCCCAGAGUUAUCCUCACUAUCCAGUCACAAUUGGGCAGCUCACCUGUCUAUAGUAGCACCCAAGUCAACAUCACUGUGAUUGAUGUCAAUGAUAACCCUCCCAUUUUUCGUACAGCUUCUGAUGAGGUGAGGUUAUUACAGAGUACACUGCCUGGCACAGCCUUAUAUAUUGCUCAUGCAGAAGACAAAGACAGUGGCCAGAAUGGAUUUGUCCAAUAUACCAUCGAAAACCAGAGGUCAAGCAUCUUCACCAUUGAUUCGGAUACUGGUGUCAUAUACCUCAGUGGGACCCUUGGGCAAGAAAUGCAGCAGAGUAGGUCUCUGUAUAUCAGGGCUAAGGACCUAGGAGUUCCCCCCUUAACAUCUCUGUUGAUGUUGACAGUGAGUAUUGAAAAACCACACUUGAAGCCUCCUUUGGUUUUUGAACACUUAGUCUAUCAGAUAGAAAUAAGUGAAUUCCUUUCACCAACAACCAGGAUACUUCAAGUCCAGGCCUUCUCCCUAGAGCCACAUCAUAAGACAUCCCAUAUUGUGUACUCGCUGGAACCCACCACAGACUCUGUUGCAUUUGGCAUUGAUGCUUCUACAGGUUGGAUUUUUUUGCAGAGGCCACUGAAUUAUGAAAUAUCGCAAAUAUACCAUUUCAAAGUAUUUGCCUGGAGCCUGGAGGACAGGUUGAGGCAAAAUGUGAGUACGGCCAUAACAGUUCAUGUUCUAGAUGAAAAUGACAAUUGUCCAACCUUUUUGCAUGAUGUCCUUUUUUUGCAAGUUGAAGAGAACCCCACACCCCAAGGGGUAAUAGGAACAGUUGUAGCGACUGACAGAGACUCUGGAAAAAAUGGACAGUUGUCAUACUUCCUUUUAUCUGAUGGGAAAUUCUUCAAGAUAAAUCCCAACACAGGUGAAAUUAUAAAUUGGAUGGCAUUAGACCGGGAGCAGCAAGUACAUCACCAGCUGAUGGUUCUAGUGACUGACCAUGGCUCCCCACCACAAAAUGCCACCAUGAUAACUUACAUCUCCGUUACAGACCUUAAUGAUAACAAACCUUAUUUUCCCCAAUUUCUUCCUGGAAAAGAACUCAAAAUUAAGGUCCUGGAAGGUCAGACUGCAGAUAUGUUGGUUACCACUGUAUUUGCAAAGGAUCUUGAUUCAGGAAACAAUGGAGAAGUUUUAUAUUCAUUAUCUUCAGAAGAGAGUUCAGAGCACUUUAAGAUUGAUGCCAACAGUGGAGAAAUAAGAACAAUCACCCCACUCUCGCAUAACCAUAGGCCGCAUUACAGGAUGCUUGUGGUGGCAAGUGACCAGGGGAUGCCUUCUCUUCAAGGACAUGCAGUCAUUCACAUUGAGGUGAUUCCACUCUCCAAAGAGAGGCCGUCAGUUUCUCGUUAUAUUCAGCAUUUGGUCAUACCAGAAAACUUUAAGCCUGCAAAAGUAAUGAGCCUGAUAAAGUCCCCUGAUUAUUUACAGCAACAUAAUGGAAAGCUACAGUUAAGUAUAAUUGAAGAAGACAAGGAUAUCCAUUUUGAGAUUGACAGCUCAACAGGGGACUUAUUUCUUUCUAGGGAACUUGACUACGAAAUGACCUCUCACUAUCUUCUUAGGGUGACUACAAAAGAUAAUAGCCAGAAUCCUCCACUGAAUAGCACCAUCUUCCUUAGUAUUGAUGUGGAAGACCAGAAUGACCAUUCCCCUUCUUUCCAGGAUGAUUUCAUAGUGAUCAGCAUAGAGGAGAAUGUUUCUGUAGGCACUUUGGUCUACACAUUUAAUGCCAAAGAUGGAGAUGGCAGUUUUCUAAACAGCAAAGUACAGUAUUUCAUUGAAACUAGCAGUCUUGGUGAAAAUCCCUUUCUUAUCCACCCCUCAUAUGGCACAUUGGUCACUGCAUCCCCAUUGGAUAGGGAGACCAUUCAGUACUUUAUCUUGACAGUGACAGCAUCAGACCAGGCUGUAAAUGUAACAGACCGGAGAUUGAGAACCAUGACAGCCAAGGUGGUCAUUUUAGAUGUCAAUGACCACAGUCCUAGUUUUGUGUCCUCUGCUAUUACCUAUAUCUCAGAAGAUGAAGGAAUAGGUUCCCUGGUGCAUCACAUUGUUGCUAAGGACGCAGAUGAAGGAAGGAAUGGAAGAAUCACAUAUCACAUUCUCUCAGGAAAUGAAAACAAAACCUUCACGUUGGAUGAGAACCUAGGCUUGUUAACAACUAUUUGUCCUUUGGACUAUGAAACCCAAACCUUUCAUGUACUGACCCUCCUGUCACUGGAUGAUGGCCUGCCAGCACUCUCCGCAACACAGACCUUGACAAUUUAUGUCCUUGACAUAAAUGAUGAGGCACCAGAAUUUAAGCAACAACUCUAUGAAGCUACAGUUGCUGAAAAUCAAGGUCCAGGGCAAUAUGUUACCAAGGUGGAAGCUGUGGACAGAGACUCAGGAAUCAACUCCCAACUGCAAUUUGAAAUCAUGCCAACUGCCAUAUCUGGGCUUUUCAAGAUCAAUUCCAGCACUGGAGAGGUGGUAACAGCAGCUACACUUGAUAGAGAGACUCAGGAGAUCUUCACCCUUAGAGUACUGGUGAAAGACCAGGGAGUCCCUCCAUUAUCCAGCACUGUAACUAUUCUCUGCAGUGUGAAGGAUGAAAAUGAUCAUGCUCCCAGGUUUAUUAUCCCCAACCCUGAAAUCCAGGUUCCAGAGAACCAAGAGCCAGAGGUCAUCUAUACUGUCUUAGCUACGGACAUGGAUAUUGGCAACAAUGGAGCUGUGCGGUAUCAUAUAAUUGGAGGAAAUACUGAGCAGCACUUCACCAUUAAUGAAACUUCAGGAGAGCUCUCAACAACGUGUAGCUUAGACAGGGAGCACAUUAGCAAUUUCACCCUCGUUAUUGAAUGUUCUGAUCUGGGUAGCCCAGGUAGAAGCUCCAUAACAGAGUUAAAAGUGACCAUCUGGGAUGAUAAUGACAACAGCCCUAUCUUCCCUACAUCUCACUACCAAGCCUCUGUGAAAGAAGAUCUUGAAGUGGGAUCAGUGAUCUUAGAGCUCUCUGCAGUGGAUAAAGACAGUGGCCUAAAUGGGCAGGUUGAGUACUUCCUAACCAAUGAUGCUCUCAGUAUCUUUACCAUUGACAGAAUGGCAGGCACAUUGAAACUUGCCCAAGGCCUUGACCGAGAGUCAAGGUCCCAGUAUGUGUUUAGGGUUAUGGCCAGUGAUCGUAGUGUCCAGAGUCCAAGGAGAACCACAGUUGAUGUGACAGUAAAUGUAGAUGAUGUCAAUGACAACAGUCCUGUCUUUGGACAGAACCCUUUGGAUGUUUUUGUCUCUUCACAAAUGUCUGUGAACCAGACCAUCGCCACCCUGAUCAGCUAUGACUCAGACCUGGGGCUCAAUGGAGCUGUGGUUUUUCGUUUUGCUGAGACCCAGUCUUUGUUUCAUAUUGAUGAACACUCAGGAGAGGUUCGACUUCAAAAACAACUGUCCUCAGAACACUUCCCUAUGUGGCUACAGGUAAAGACUAUGGAUCAGGGGAUCCCCACCAGGACAGCCAUUGGUCUUUUGGUCAUCCAUAUGCAGGAAAAAGAUGCAAGAUUUUCCUUUAGUCAGCAAUUCUAUACAUCAACUAUAACUGAAAACUGUGAAACCGGAUUUCCCAUCGUGACUGUGGAAGCCUUCACUCCAGAGUUCAAUGGGAAAGAAAUAAAAUACUGGAUUUUUAGUGGAAAUGAAAAUGGAGUAUUCUCCUUAAACUCUAAAACAGGUGAACUCACUGUGCAGGAGCCAAUGUUUCUUGAUUUUGAGGUCAGAAAUGAAAUUAACCUCAUUGUUUUGGCUGAAAGUGGCUGGCAUACAACCUAUUGCAAAGUGGCAGUCUUAGUACAAGAUGUGAAUGAUAAUGUACCAGUUUUUCAGCCAAGCACUUACCAAGCAUCAGUGUCAGAAGGACAGCCCUUCAAUACACAGAUCAUGCAGCUUUUUGCUGCUGACCUUGACAGUGGGUUGAAUGGACAAAUUGAGUAUUCAAUACUCUUAGGCAACCAGGAUGAAGCAUUUCAGAUUGAUUCAGCGAGUGGUGUAAUAACAACUAAUACAAUUCUGGACUAUGAACUCACCAAUUCCUACAGGUUGAUUGUACAAGCUGCCGAUAAAGGGAUGCCCAGGCUUUCUGCUACAGCUGUGGUCAAAAUCCAAGUGGUAGACCUCAAUGAUAAUAUCCCAGCCUUCCUCUCUUCUGAACGAGUAGAAGUUCCAGAAAGUAUUCCACUUGGUUCUGUCGUGACAGUGUAUGCUCAUGACAGAGAUUCAGGCCCUGCUCUUGUCUUCAAUUUAACUAAGGGGGGUAACCCUGGCAGUAGAUUUGCAAUUGACCACAACACCGGAGUGGUGAUACUAGCAAAGCCACUGGAUUUUGAAGGAGGAAAUGAAUACAAGCUACGGGUUGAGGUUUCGGACUCUGUGCACCACACGGAAGCAGUGCUCAUGGUCUAUGUUAUGGAUGUCAACGACAACCCCCCACUCUUUUCCCAAGAUUUCUAUCAGGUCACAUUGCCUGAAAUAAUGCCUGUAGGAUCCUCCAUCUUGACCGUAUCAGCCACAGAUCAGGACACAGGAACUGAUGGGAGGAUUUCCUACAAAAUCCUGUCUUCUGCUGAUGGAUUUUCAAUUGAUCCUCAGAAUGGCUCCAUAUUUACUGUCAAGCCUAUGAUGCUUUUGGACAAAACAUCAACAAUUCAACUUCUUGUGGAAGCCAAAGAUGGUGGAAUCCCUGGUUUGACAGCCCUUACUUUGGUGGAAAUAGAAAUUCAAGAUGUGAACAACCAUGCCCCUCAGUUCACCAUGGAGUACUAUAACAUCACUGCAAGUGAAGAUGCGGUCAUUGGGACCACGCUGCUCACAUUUUCAGCUGUUGACCAUGACUGGACCCAUGAAAACACACAUGUUGAGUAUUCUGUCAUCAGCGGUAAUUUACAGAACACUUUCCAUGUAGAAACUCAUGUAGUUCCCUCAGGAUCCCCUUACAAGCGUGUUGGUCAUCUUGUGCUGAGCCACCCUUUAGACAGAGAAACCGUGGCCUGUCAUAAACUCAUCAUUCUAGCUUCUGAUCAUGGUCAUCCCCCAUUGAAUUCUACAGCCACCAUAUUAAUAGAUGUGCUUGAUGUCAAUGAUAAUCCUCCAAUAUUCAGCUCUCCAGAAUACCAUGCCCAUGUUAAGGAAAGCCUGCCUGUUGGCAGUCAGAUUGUUGUGGUCUCAGCAAAAGACCAUGACACUGGAGCUAAUUCCAAAGUCACCUACACCAUCAUCUCAGGAAACGAACAAGGACAUUUCCAAGUAGAUGGGGAAACUGGAGCAAUAGAUUUGAUUAAACCCUUGGAUUAUGAGGACACAUUGAUGUUCACUUUAACUGUCCAAGCCUCAAAUAGAGGGACAAAUAAUUUUGCUUUCUCAGUGGUAUCUAUCAGUGUCCUAGAUGACAAUGACCAUGCCCCCCAGUUCAUGUUCUCAAGUUUGAACUGUGUUGUCCCUGAGAAUCUGCCUAAUUUCUCUGUCAUGUGUACAGCGCAUGCCUUGGAUUUUGAUGCUGGUCCUUAUGGACACCUAACAUACUCUAUUCAGUCAUCCUGUUUGAUGAAUCAUGGAAUCCCUCAUGAUCAUGAACUGUUUUUUAUUAGCCCAUUAACAGGGGAUAUCUAUGCCAAGGAAAUCCUAGACUAUGAAAGUGAAAAUAAACACUGCUUCAUUGUUCAGGCAGAAGACAAAGGUGAGGCCAAAGCUACUUUGAUGGUCCAAGUGGAUGUUGAAGGAAUUGAUGAAUAUGAACCUAUUUUCACACAAGACCAGUAUUUCUUUAGUCUUCCAGAGAUUCAUCACAUAAGACAGGUUAUUGGCAAAGUAGAAGCAUCUGAUGCUGAUGCUGGAAUUGAUGGACUUGUGCUUUAUACCCUUGCAACUUCAUCAACAUUCUUAUCUAUUAAUAAAACCAGUGGAAAUGUCUAUUGGGUUGGAGAUCUUCCCUUUAUGGGAAGUAGCAUCGGGAAAGAUGAUAUCAUUGAAAUGAAAGUAAUAGCACACAGUCCCAAAGUGGACUCUAAGUCCUCCUCUUGCACCAUCUUUGUAAAUACAUCCUCUUUUGCUCAAGGAGGAUACUAUGCACUGCCUGCUGACAGCCUUUCAAUCAGCCUCACAGCCUCCAUCAUCAUAUUUCUGCUCUUGGUCAUCAGCCUUGUUGCCCUGAUUUUAAGAUAUAAACGAAAAGACACAGCAAACUCCUGUGGGGAAAAAAAGGUCCCCUCACCCUCACCUAGUCAUCUGAGCCUUACUAGUGAUCCCAGCAUCCUCAAGGACUCCCAGAAAGCUCCAGAUGUGGGCAAUGGCAUUCUUCCCAUGGGCUCCAUGUCUGAAUGGUUGAAUUUAGUAGAUAUGAGAGAGAAAAAGGAUAUGGUGAAUCCAUGCAGGCAUUCAGACUCAAGUGGCCACUGCUCAGUGGAAGGAGAUACUGCCGAGGAUGAGGAGAUCAAGAGGAUAAAUGAACACCCCUGCCGAAAGGGCUCUGGCUCAGUUCUGAGUGACCGAGGCUCUCGGGUGCCAGAUUCUGGAAUACCCAGAGACUCUGACCAGCUCUCUUGCCUGUCUGGGGAAACAGAUGUGGUGAUCACCACUGAAACCUUAGAGAACAGUUUCACCUUUGAGGGUGUAGGACAAAGGUGUGAUGCCAUUUAUGCUCAAAAUAAAAUGCUGUCCCAGACACUCCACAAAAUUGGAAUGAAAGAGAAAACCCUCAUGGAAGAUGGUAGGAGAGAUUAUAUCUUUAUUUCAAAUGAUCAGGACUCAAGGUACGGAUCUCUUGCAACUUUAGAAGCUCCCAGUAAGGAUCCAAGAAGUAGCUAUGACUGGGAUUACCUCCUCAACUGGGAACCCCAGUUUCAGCCUCUUUCUUCUGUCUUCAAUGAUAUUGCAAAGCUGAAAGAUGAACAUUUGCAGGUGCCUGGAUUAUCACAGGGGAAGAAAUCUUUUGUUUUCCCACCUCCUUUGAUCACAUCAGUAGCACAGCCUGGCAUAAAGGCAGUGCCACCACGAAUGCCAAGCCUUUCACCAGGGAAAGCAUUCAAGAAAUACCCACGUUCUCCCCUUCACCAGCACCUUCACUACCCACCGGCAGCCAUGACCCCCAGUUUUUCUCCUUCCCUCUCCUUGCUGACCAUGCAGUCUCCUUCUGUGUCUCCCCUGUUGCCAGAUGCUGGGUUGUUAGGAACAUGCUUAGUCAGGACAGCCCAUGGCCCCAAGGCAGAAGAAGAAGUCCGGCUGUGAAACCUUGGCAUUGAGCCCCAGGAUACUUUUAAUCAAGAAGGAGUAUACUAAAACAAAAACAAAAAACCCAACAUUUCCAACCAAACUCCUCAGGGUGAUUUUUUUCAAAGCUGAGAGAAUAUGACCCAUUUCAGUCUGAGUUUGUACAGCGCCUCAUUUUAUCCUCUAAACUCUCUCCCAGACUUAUUGAGAAGCUGCCCGAUGCAUGACUCUUGUCUUCACCUGCCAGUACUCACACCUUCAGAAUAAACAGUUCAUACUGUUGUACUUUGCAAUUUGUCUAGAAUGAGUUCAGAAGGUGAAAUGGCCUGAUGGACAUGAGUGACCCGCAAACAACUUUAAAGUGCUCUGUGAUCUUAGCAAGAGGUCCAACUUCUUCAAAACACAUGAGGCAAGAGCAUAUCAGAGUUGCCUUUGGUCAGGGUGACCACAGAGAUCGAUCAGCCUAGGUAAAUGGACUAUCUGUGGCUCUCUGACAUUACACCUUACAUCAAGAUAGUUGUUACCUAAAGACUCAUUUCUGGAUUUCCCUUCCCUUACCCCCCUACAUGCCAACCUACUCCAUUUGUAGAGCCUAAAAAUGACUGUAGAAGUGACAGGCACCAUCAUCUCUAGGGAGAUGAAUGAGAAAAAAAGAAUGGAAUUAGCCAUCAGUCUAUGCCAAAAAAAAAAAAAAGAAGAAGAGUGUUUCCCAGUUGCUUUAGUCUGAUUAAAUGAACCAAGCAUGUCUGUUCUUGGUAUGGGUCCAAGGGUGAUGCUAGCCUAAACCACUGGGUUAAACCUCUUACGUGAUAAACUUUCUUGGACUUCUUUCCAAAGAGAUCCGAGUACAUUUUCUUUUCUCUCUUUUUUUUUUCUUUUCUUGCUUCUUCUUAUGACAGGACACAUGAAUAGAUGUGAAACUUUGGAGAUUAAUUUAUGGAAACUCAUUUUAUUUUUUUUCUAGACACUGCAGUUACUUGUGGUAAACAGAACAAAUAAUUUAUGCACUGUGUUAACAGUGGCAAAUUUAUGUAGAUAAAAAACUAGAGUGAUAGAAUUAGCUAUUCAUAUGAUUUCCUAGUUAGAAUGAUUUAAUGGUAUUUUUUAAAAUUAAGAGUUUUGUAUAAAUUUUUUCUACUAAAAGUUUAAAAGGAGCUACAAAAGCAUACUUUUUCUUCUUGUGGUGUGAUCUAAUUACCAUUUGCAAUUGAAGUUGCAUUCAAUGUGCAGUCAGUGCUUUGGCUUUGUACAGGUGGACUGCAGGCAUGGUGGAUGAUGAUGAAUUAUUGGCCUAGUCUGCUUUUUGGUUUCCUUGUUUUCAAUACUGUUUCACAGGAUCAAGCAGAGAAUUUAAAAUUCCUUAGAGUUGAAGGGGAAAGUCUUUGAGAUCACUUGAUUCAAUGCCCUCAUUUUACAGAUGUGGAAAAUGGAGAUCCAAGGAGAACUCUGUGCUACAGUUCCGGUUCCUAGGGCAACAAUACAACUGCUAUCCUUAAAUGCACUCACUGAAACAAAUUUAGUUGAGGAUGAGAGACUUAAGACCUUGGGGUACCAGUUUUACGGUGGGAGAAAUUCUAAGAUAGCAUCCUGUCAGGAAAACUCAUAAUACCUUGAAAUACCCCAAACCAGUGCUGGGAAGGCCACCAUUGGAGGAAGAUGCAAGGCCAUAUUGAACCAGAGAGUAACUUGUCUAGGAAAUGACUGGCAGGAGGGAGAAGACAGGCUAUUUUGUAGCCUACAAUUUGAAUGGAUUAUUCCUCACAACUAAAUGCUAAGAACAGUCCUUUCUGCCUGCUACAGGAAUACAAAUACUGCCGGUGCCCUGGGACAAAGUUCCAGUCCUCUCUACUUAGCUAGAAUUCCAUCCACAAAAAAGGAAAUCACCUACCCAAAUUUAAUUCUAGAGCUAGCACUAAAACCCACAAUUCCUGGUUCCUUGUCCAAUACUCUUUCCCCUGUGCCACCUAGAGUACUUAAGUCCCUUCACUGCCAGAAAUAAGCGUUCUUCUAAAAAUAUCACCUCUCUAGCUCACUAACUCUCUGGGGUGGUCGCCUUUGGCAUAAGAAUCCUUCUUUUGAUGAUGGUGAUCCAUUGGUAGGAGAAUAAGUCUUGCAGACAUCAUGGCAGUAGUUCACAGAAUCAUAAAAUAAAAUUUACAGGACACAUGAGGUGACUCCCUUCAAAGCUGACCCAGGGAAUCAGUCAUUUGUCUGUAUCUUAUCACGGGGUCACAAGGGAUUGGACACGACUCAACAGCUGUGUCUCAUUCUUUCACUGAUAUUCAUGGGAGCAUGACUUAGUAGGCAAGGCUACAUAUAACAAAUGUUCUAAUCUUUGUGUCACUAACUCACUAAAAUAGCUAGCUAUUCCGUGUCCAUUUUCCUCCUGUACAAAAUGGUAUAAUACCGUCUUCACAACAAACUUGUGAGGUAGGUGCUACAAAUAUUUUUGUCUCCAUUUUGCGAGUGCGGAAACAAACUCAGUCAUAGAGGUGAAGUACUGUUCAUAGUCACACAGCUAGUAAAGGUCAGAGGCAGGCUUUGAACCUAGGCCUCACCUAGUAACGAUAUAAUGCCCAUCUCACUACAACACACUGACUCUCCAUAAUUAGGAUUGUCCAAGGGCUACUUACUUCUGUUUACUAGAAAGCACUAUCUGAUGAUUUGCAGAUGGAACAGAUAGUGAAUUGUAUACAUUAGCAGCACCAUAAAUAUUCCAUGCAGUAUUAGCAAAUUCAGUUUACAUAAUGAGUCAUCAUUAAAAGAUCUGUGGACCAUCAUGAUUGACCUAAUACUUCAUCUAAAGAAUGGAUUAGUGCCUUGAGUUUUCACUAUGGAAGGUACUCUUUGAUGGAAUCACAAAAUAAAUACCUGUAGGUCAUAGAAAAUGAAGUUCUUACCAUGGGGUCCAUGGAUAUUGUUUAACAGGGUCUAUGAACUUGGCUGGGGCAGAAUUGCAUCUUUGUUUUCACUGAUCUCUAACUGAAAUUUAGCAUCUCUUGAUUAGGAAUUUUAAAAAAAAUCUCAAGAAAGUUUGUCCCUUGGUUUUACUAGUCUGCCAAAUGGGUCCAUGGCAUAAAAGAGGAUAAGUACCCCUGGACUAGAUCUAGUCUAGGUAUGAUAAUCCUAACUCUGAUCCAAGGGGCAGUCAGGGCCUGCCUAAGGAGGACUGCAUUUCAAACAUCCCUGACAUAUGGAGGUAUUAAAAGUCUCUAGGGAAGGAGAUUCUACCACACACCCUGGCAAAUUUACAGUAUCUAAUCUCUCCUUGAUUCCUUUCAAAGUUUUACUGGAAUGUAUCAAAAGAGUGGGGGAAAGUUUGUGUCUAAAUUCAUUAUCAUGGAAGUUCCCUUUGGCGACAUACUCUGCUUGUAGCUACAAGGAAGGCCUCAUUUGCUCUUUGUCAUGUUGAUAGCGUCAACAUUUCUUUUCCUCAUGCCUGUACACAGUUUGUUGUCCCUAACUCUUCCACAAAUUGUAUGCUUGCUCACCUAAGCAUGCUCUUUUGUGAUUUAUUACUCAUGCUGGAUAUGAGUCUGCAUUUUGGUUUUUUUUCUAGUUACUUUGUAAGAGCUGAAGAUGCUCAUUGUUUUGAGUCACUUGUUACCAAGUUCCAGUGGGGAUUUUUUUUUAAUUGAUAGCUUUACUAAUGCCCUAUCAAAUACCAAGAGCCACACUGGCCAACAUGCUGCUGCUGCAAGUGUGGUUGAGAUUAAAAAUGUGAAUAUAUGAGUUAAGUGUCUGCAAUAAAUCAUGUGUCAGCCUUUUCAACUGGGGUCCUUUUCUUUUCCUAAGUAAACAAUGUAAUUUGUACAGUUUUCCUUCAAGUUUAAUAUUAACUUGCCUCAUCUGUUCUGGGUUACUUUGCCGAUCUGCACACCGGUUUUAGCACUUUGGAGGGGGUACAGAACUUGUUAGUGGAAAAUCAAUUAAGCCCCAAAUUCAUAAGCUAUAAAAUAAAAGACAGUUGUCUCUGGUGGAAUUUUGGCUGCCUGAAGCUCUGGACUUGCUUGUUGGCAGCCUGAGAAAUCCUGGUGUAAAUCAGGACCAAAUGGAUAUCAAAAUUCCAUAUCCUAGCAGUCAUCAGCAACCUGGCAUCCAAGCAGAUUCCUGGGCGAAGAAAGAAGAAGAAGAAAACUCAAUCUACUCACCUUUAGGGAUUUGAUAAUUUAGCAGUUAUUAAAAAAUAUUUAAAAAUUUUCCUAUAAACCACUGGCUACCUACAUGAAUACAUAUUUAAUCUAUAAUAGAUCUUUAGUUGAAGACAGCACUGUUCCUAGGAAUGUUUCUCUUUAGUUUUAAAACCUCAUUCACUGUGCAUUACAAGGACAUUUCUAUUGGUGAAAUAUCAAUUGCUAAUUUAAAGAUUUCUUGUUUCCAUUCAAGCACAAUUUUUUUCAUCACUUUUUUUCCUUGAUACGAUUUUUUAAUUUUUUUCCUUGCUAUUAUUACACAGACCUUUACAUGAAGUAAAAAGGCAUGUAAUAAUCACAAGAAUCUUACCCCCUCCUUCUUGUUACUCACUUUCUUACUACUCACUUACUUACUACCUCGCUCCUACCUCCACAAGGACGCAAAAUUGUAUGGUUGUAUGGGCAGUGGUGUCUUCUUAGCCAAGUGGAAUAAAUCUAUUGAAAUGUUUUGGAUAAGUGUGAAAGUACAAGUUCGUCUGUUUGUCUUACAUGAGAAUAUUUGAAAUGGAAUACUUUUUUUUUUAAACAAUGGGAAAGCUGAGAAUCAUUUGAUUGCCAAAGCUGCAUGCAACCAGCUACCCUCCCCCACCCCACAGCGACUUGGUGUGGUCAUCCUUGAGUUUUUGCCGUCCACUUCAGGAGCUGAAGGAAUGGAGGGAAAAGGACCUACAGUGGAAAUGGAAGGGUCUGUCAAAAGACUGAAGCAGUAAGUAUGUCCAGGCUAAUACAGGGAGAGAAAACACUUAAAUGUCAUUAAUGGGCAUGUGGCUUUCCAUCUCCCCUCAGGUUCAUAUUUUAGGCUCAGUCAGAUAGUCUCCAUAUAUUCCAUUUCCCUGGUUCCCUCCCCUUUUCUCACUGCUUUCUUUCAUUCCUAACAAGUCACCUCUUAGCUACCAGUCCAGAGAUUUUAAAACUAUAGCUCAAACUUUGCUCACAGUGGCAUAAUCUAGCCAUAAAGAAAAGAAAAAAAAUUCCCAAACCACCCUUUUAACUCUU